AUGCUCCGCUCAGCCAAGGACUCACUCCAAAUCAUCAACAAUGGCAUUCAAAAAGUAGCAAUCGCAGGUGCCACCGGUAACCUUGGUCCUUCCAUCGUCAACGAGCUGGUCAACCAAGGCUUCGAAGUCACCGUCCUCACAGCUUCUGGCAACACCUCUGGUCUGCCGUCAGCUAUCAAAGUCACCAAAGUCGAUUUUUCCUCUCAAGAUUCCCUGAUCUCCGCUCUGAAGGGCCAGGAAGCUUUCGUUUCGGCCAUUCCUAAACAUGAAGAACAGCCUGCUCUGAUCGAUGCCGCCAUUGCUGCUGGUGUUCAAAGAUUCAUCCCAUCAGAGUUUGGCAGCAACAUCAUCGGCAAUGAGAAAGUUCGUGCUCUGCCUGUCUUUGCCGGUAAGGUCAAGACGCAAGAGUAUUUGCGUGAGAAGCAGGAUCAGAUCAGCUAUACCAUUGUCACAAAUGGAUUGUUCCUAGACUGGGGCAUCGGACUAGGCUGGCUCGUCAACUUGAAGGGCAAGACACAGAUCAACGACAAUGGUGACAGCGUCCACAGCUUCACACUUCUUAGUGAUAUCGGCAAAACCGUCGCCAGUAUCCUCAACCACCCAGAAGAAACCAGGAAUCGUGGAGUUUACGUGCAGACCGCUGCCCUCAGCCAAAACCAAGCCUUGAAGAUUGCGCANAAAGCCAAUCCUGACUUUAAGGCUGAGACCGAACAAGUCGAUCUUACAGAAGCGAAGAAGAAUGCUUAUGCAGAGUUGAGCAAGGAGAAUGGAGAUAUCGGUGCUGCCAUGUUGACCUUUAUCAAGAUUUCAAUCUUCAAGGGUGGAUAUGGUAAUUUGUGGGAUGAGAAGAAUGAUAAUGAGCUACUUGGUGUGAAGGGUUUGUCAGAGGGUGAGAUUGGAGACUUGAUCGCCAAAUACUUCUAG